UCUAACAGUUGGGUUUAUCACAUCCCCGUAUGUAGCUAGCUUCACAUGUCAAGACGUGCGCUUCCUAACGUUCUCCUGACUGGAACACCCGGCACGGGAAAGUCAACGACUUGUCGCGAGGUAUCGCGUCACACAGGACUGGAACAUGUCUGCAUAGGAGACGUAGCUAGAGACGGCCAACUGUACGACGGCUAUGAUGACGAACUCGAAUGCCCCAUUCUGGAUGAAGACCGGGUGAUUGAUGAGUUGGAAGAGAGACUGGGAGAAGGGGGAAAGAUAGUUGACUACCACAGUGCCGAGUUCUUUCCGGAGCGGUGGUUUAAUGCUGUUUUUGUUCUAAGGACAGACAACACUCUUCUCUAUCAAAGACUAGAGCAAAGAGGAUAUGCAGAACGAAAGUUGACCAACAACAUUGAAUGUGAAAUAUUUGGUAGUAUAUUGGAGGAGGCUAGAGAGAGCUAUAGUGAAGACAUUGUGUACGAGUUGCAGAGCAACACUCCUGAAGACUUAGAACAGAACGUAGAUCAUAUUGUUCAUUGGAUUGAAAGGUGGAAACACCAGUUAUAGAAGUAAGUCGUCUUUGUGUAUGUUUAGUUUGUGUGUAAUAGAUAGAGAACUAUAAGGACUGUAGAUUUGUUAUGGAUAGGAAGGCAUUCAUUCUAUAGAAAGGACUCGGUCUAGCUUUGAUGUACACAUGCUUCUGGUGAAACAUCAAAUUAAGUGUAAAUUUCCUUUUCAGCUUUGGCUUUCAGCAUGCCAAGGCAUAGCUUUCUCUAUGGUCAAAGCGAAUAAUAAAAUUUGAA